UUCCUGUCACUAGUUUAUUUGCUAUUCCGUAGUUUGAAGAUGGUCGAUGAUAUUAAGUACUUUGAAUUGAACACCGGCGCGAAGAUCCCUUCUGUUGGACUCGGUACGUGGCAGGCGAAGCCUGGCGUCGUUGGUCAUGCGGUUGAAGCUGCAAUCAAGAGUGGAUACCGCCACAUUGACUGUGCUCAGAGGUAUGGAAAUGAGAAGGAGAUUGGCUUAGUUUUGAAAAGGCUUUUUGAUGAUGGAGUUGUGAAGAGAGAGGACUUGUUCAUCACUUCAAAACUCUGGUGUACUGAGCAAGCACCUGAAGAUGUGCCUGUGGCAUUAUGUCAAACACUUCAAGAUUUGCAGCUCGAUUAUGUUGAUUUAUUCCUUAUUCAUUGGCCAGUGCGGUUAAAGAAGGGAUCCAUUGGCUUUAAGCCUGAAAACCUCGAAACAGCUGAUAUACCUGCGACAUGGAAGGCCAUGGAAUCACUCUAUGAUUCUGGUAAGGCCCUGGCUAUAGGGGUUAGUAAUUUUUCUGCUAAAAAGCUCGGUGAUCUGUUGAAUAUAGCCCGCAUACCUCCUGCUGUCGACCAAGUCGAAUGCCAUCCUGUAUGGCAACAGACUCGACUACGAGAAUUCUGUAUAUCCAAAGGAGUUCACCUAUCUGGUUAUUCGCCAUUGGGAUCACCUGGCUGUUCUGGGAUGAAAAACGAAGUCCUAAAUCAUCCUGUGGUAGUUGCUAUUGCGAGGAAGUUGGGUAAGACUCCAGCACAAGCGGCACUUAGGUGGGGAUUGCAAAUGGGCAAUAGUGUGCUUCCAAAGAGCACAAAUGAAUCACGAAUCAAGGAGAAUUUGGAUGUCUUUGGCUGGAACAUACCACAAGACUCCUUUGUUAACUUCUCAGAUAUUCAACAGGAACGAUUGUUCAAGGGGAAUGCAUUUAUCCACCCCACAUUGGGCCAAUACAAAGAUUUUGAAGAGCUUUGGGAUGGGGAAAUUUGAACAAGUCUGUCCCCUAUUAUCGAAUAAUUGAUUUAAGCCCAAGGUUGUGUGUUUCAGUUGUCCUAUUAGAGAAAAAAAAAAAAAAAAAAGAAAGGAGGAGGAAGAAAAAUCGAGUAUAUUUUCAAUUUUCUUUUUAAAUAAAUGAUGCAGCUAAGACUACUUCAAACUAUUUUUAGA